CCUGACAGAAGUCAUGUCGAUCAAAGACGCGAUUCAAUCUUAUUCCUAAUCAAUGGGAUAUGUAUCUUUUCUCCCCUCCUCCUUGUACGCACCCAUCUUUUCUCUCUUCCUUCUCCCCCGCCUGAUCGAUCUGGGAUUAUCCCUGGCCGAUGAUUUGAACCUAUCACUAUGGCUAGUGCCACGAAAUUCUCGCCGGGGUAUCUGCAGGAGUCUCAACAGGGAACCAUCCUCGGUGUCACCGUACUUUUCAUCAUUCUUGAGACACUGGCGGUCACAUUCCGAGGCGUCUCCAAACUGAUCGGCCGCCUGAACUGGGGUUGGGAUGACGCGUUAAUUGUUCUUGGGUUCAUCCUCUGUACUGUGAUCAAUGGUUGUUCCAUAGCGGAUGUGCACCAUGGCGGCGUCGGCCUUCACAUCCAGCGCGUUGCCAAGGAGAGCCCCGAGAAAAUCCCCAUCCAGGGCAAAUUCAUGUUCGCCUUCCCACUCAUCUACUUCGCUGCCGUUGUCCCUCCGAAAAUGGCGAUCAUAUACCUUUACCUCAGUGUAUUCACACAAAAGCCCUUUCGCGUCAUCUGCUACGUGGUGACCGGCAUUAUGAUUGGAAACUGGAUCGGAACUACCGUUGCCUCCUUUUUGUCUUGUCAGCCGCUGAGCUACUACUGGACGCAGGAAGGAACUUGCUUCGAUAUCAACAGCUUCUUUCGCUGGGGCGGGUUUUCCAACAUUGUCACGGAUGUUAUUAUGAUGGUCCUGCCGAUGCCGGUGGUCUGGGAACUUCAUGCAUCUACUCGCCUGAAGCUGGGUAUUCUGAUCACCUUCUUGCUUGGUAGCUUGGGUCUCAUCGCCUCGGUCAUCCGGUUUGUCAAAUUCUACGUGACCGACGCACAAAAGGACUUGACCUGGGCCGGGGGUGAUCUUGUUCUCUGGACGGUGGUCGAAUGCGGUGGCUACUUGAUCGCCGGAUGUCUGCCCACAUACCGGCCAUUGGCGCGGUUUGUCGGACGUAAGCUGCAUCUUACGAGCGACGGGAGCAGCGGAGGAGAUACCACCGCCCAGCACAACACGAGUGGCAGCAGCCGACGACAGACUAGCAAAUUCCAGCGCAUGGUCAACACCACUGACGAUGAAGAAGAUGCAAUUGGGCUGGUCAGCGUGUCUCAAGGGAACGUGCUGGCGGGGAAGCACGAUGCCACAGGUGGUCCGGGACAGAUCGUGGUCAAUCACCAUAUCGACGUUCGAUAAGGUCGAGGAGAUGAAGGAUAUUUCUCUUUCUUUUUCUCUCUCUCUGUCUCUUAUUUCUCUUCUUUCUGUCAAUUAUUUUCUUUUGUCU